AAUACUAUAGGAAUCUUUUGACACAAACAUCCAUUUUGCAUGAAAAAUAUACAUGUCAAGUAAAUAUCCUUUACAAACAGACACCAAAUAGUACAGAAGCUGCUGUUUGAUUGAGCACUCUCUGUUUGCAGUUUAGACUGAAGUGCCUCAAGCCACACAAGGAACAAUGGUGCAGGUUGGUUACCUGGUUUGCACAGCCCUACCCCUUACAGAACCGGUCUGACCGCUCUAUCCUUCACUGACUCGCAUUGAGGAUUUUGAAGGUUCUUGCUGCCUGUUAACUGUUGCUAGAGUUGUGUUUUAAAGCAACAUUUUGCUAGACAGAUUGGAGACGCCUCCUGGGCUCAGCUUGGUAAUUCCAGUAACCCUCGUGUGGACCAAAAGGAACAAUAACAUAAGUGAUUUAAGACUUGUUUCUUACAGAUCUUCACCUGCGUUUUUAAGAGCGGCAGACUCUACUGGAAAUGGCCAUUAAUGAGCUGACGUCGAGAGCAGUGCUGCUGUACGACGAAUGGAUUAAAGAUGCUGACCCCAGAACUGAAGACUGGCCCCUCAUGUCCUCUCCACUGCCUCAGAUACUCAUUAUCGGAGCAUACAUUUACUUUGUGACCUCACUGGGACCAAAGUUGAUGGAAAAUCGGAAACCGUUCGACCUCAAACAGAUCAUGGUUGUCUACAAUUUCAGCAUAGUGGCGUUUUCUAUAUACAUGUGUUAUGAAUUUCUUAUGGCUGGCUGGGCGACGGGCUAUUCAUUCCGCUGUGACAUUGUGGAUUACACAAACUCACCUAAAGGACUAAGGAUGGCUUGGACCUGCUGGCUUUAUUACUUUUCAAAGUUUAUUGAGUUACUAGAUACAGUCUUUUUUGUACUCCGAAAAAAGAACAGCCAGAUCACGUUUCUUCAUGUCUAUCACCACUCCAUCAUGCCAUUCACUUGGUGGUUCGGAGUCAAGUUUGCCCCAGGUGGACUGGGGACGUUCCAUGCUCUUUUAAAUUCCAUCGUCCAUGUUAUCAUGUACUCCUAUUAUGGAUUGUCUGCUAUGGGGCCAGCCUAUCAGAAGUACUUAUGGUGGAAAAAGCACAUGACUACCAUUCAGCUUGCCCAGUUCAUCCUGGUCACAGUCCACAUUAGUCAGUUUUUUUUCAUGAAAGAUUGCUCCUACCAGUAUCCUGUUUUCCUCUACAUCAUUUGUCUGUAUGGAUGCAUCUUUCUACUGCUGUUCCUCAACUUCUGGUACCAUGCGUAUACCAAAGGCCAGAGGCUACCAAAAGCUGUGAAGAAUGAACUAAACAAGAACAAAGAACAGUGAAGACCUUGAAUACAAAUCUGCCCUUUCUGCUAGCGACAAUCUUCAGUGGUGUGGGAAAUAAAUGUACACAGUGUAAAUUUAUACAUUUUUUCUAAAGUAUUUGAUUGUAACUUUUUAUAUCUUGAAAAAAACAUUGAAAGUUAAUAUGCUGCUGUUACCAAAGUAUAUAACCUGACAGUUUUGUAUCCCUGCCUGGUAUAACUGUUUAAAUCGCUGACAAAUCAUUUAGGUUUUAAGCCAAAUUCUUGUGUUCAUGAACUACACAAGAUGGUAACCAUAAAGCACUUUGUCAGGUGCUAUAAGCAGCCCUUGUAUCGGGGUCCUUGAAUGAUAACUAAUACUGUUUAAGAUAGUUAUGCUACUUAAAGUAAUUUAUUAAAAGGAAACAUGUCAUGUGUAUGUGUGUGACAUUUGUCACAGAGUUGCUUGUAUUCUCUAUAUUUUAUUAGAAUGUUGCCUAUUUGUAUAAUUGUACUCAAGUUAUGUUUUAAUGUUAAAAAAAAUAAAAUUGUAACCAUGUGUCACAACGUUCUGUAAUUUGGUAUAUGUGACACAUCUUUGAAGCAUGAACACAUUCCACAAGGAGCAAUAUUUAUGUAACUAUCUUCUAUUGGUGAUGUAAAGGUCUUGAAAGACCUUUUCUUGGUACCCAUGAUUGACAGGGAUUGAAUGCUCUGGAUUUAAGCUAUUGAAAUCCAUGUUGUGAUGAAGUUAUGACCUGUUGCCCAUGUUGUACUUUAAUGUUUUUCACACAAUUACAGUAUGAUCAUUCAGAGAAAGAAGAGCAGGUGGCUUAAUGUGACAUCAAAGCAGACAAGACAAUUUAAAUGAAUCCUUUCCUAGAAUUUGCUGUCAUUUCAGAUGCAUUGAUUUGUAAUAUCCAAUACCACAUGCUUUAAAAUUACUAUCCUAUACUAAACAUCUGCGAAAAAUCAUAAUAGUGCCCAGUGCUGUGGGGUUUCUGAUAGAACUGUAGCAGUGGACAGUACUUUUUCAGACAGUUGUGCCAGUGCUUCAUUAAAGAUUGCUGAUGUACUGUAUAUAGCUCUUCCUUAGCUUUAUUGUGUUGUAAUGAAUGUCUAUUUUGUAGACAUGAACCACAGUUAAGUGUAGAAUUUUUUUUUUUUUCAAUCUGUAUUUUGUGCCAAAAAUAAAUGUGAU